GACAGACAGACGGACGCAGGGAGGGCCGGACACAAGGACAGACAGGGGGACGGGCAGGGCCCAGCAGGGACAGACGGACACAGGUGGGCCUGACGCCCCCGGCCAGCUGCAGGCUCCAUGGAGGGGACGGUCCCCCCUCGGGCGGCGUACCGGGCGGCCAUGGUGCUGAGCGGGGCGGGCGACGCGCUGGGCUACCGGAACCAGCGCUGGGAGUACUGCCCCUCGGGCCCCCAGAUCCACGCCGAGCUGGCCCAGCUGGGGGGAUUGGGGGGCAUCCAGGCCGCGCCCCCCGACUGGCCCGUCAGCGAUGACACCGUCCUGCACCUGGCGACCGCGGAGGCCCUGGCCACCGGACUGGAGGGGGAGGCGUUGCUGCAGGAGCUGGCGCGAGGCUACGUGGCAGCGAUGGGCGACAUGGAAGGCAGGAAACCCGGCCCCACCAGCAUCCUGGGGACGUCCCAGCUGCGCCCGGGCGAGCCGGCCGGGUACCGGAUCCCCUUCAACCCCAGUGCCACCGGCUGCGGGGCCGCCAUGCGCUCCAUGGCCAUCGGGCUCAGGUACCCGCGUCCCACAGAGCUGCCGACCCUGAUCCGGAUCAGCGUGGAGAGCGGGCGCAUGACGCACCAUCACCCCACAGGGUACCUGGGGGCGCUGGCCUCGGCCCUGUUCACGGCCUAUGCGGUGCGGGGACUCUCCCUGGCGCAGUGGGGGGCCGGCCUGCUGCAGACGCUGCCCCUGGCCCAAACCUACGUGCGGGACGCGGGCAUCGACACCCAGCCCAACCUGGAUGCCUGGGGGUACUUCCCCCAGAAAUGGACCUGGUAUCUGGCUGAGCGGGGCCUGGCCGAAGGACAUGGCCCCCCCCGGUUCCCCUCCCCCUACGGCCCGGCGGAGCGGGACGGGGUCUACCAGACCUUCAGCCUGGAGGGCUGGGCGGGGCGCAGCGGGCACGACGCCCCCAUGAUCGCCUACGACGCGCUGCUGGGCGCUGGUGACCGCUGGGACGAGCUCUGCAGCCGGGCCAUGUUCCACGGGGGAGACAGCGACUCGACGGGCGUCAUUGCGGGGUGCUGCUGGGGGCUGGCGCACGGGCUGGCCGGGGUCCCCGAGGGGAAUCACCGACACUUGGAGUACCGGCACCGCAUGGAGGCAGCCGCCGACCGGAUCCAUGCCCUGGCCUGGGGGGGAGAGCGCCCCGUGAGCGGGGGGACCCCGCUCUGCCCGGACACCUGGGUUCCUUCUUAUCCCCACCACCCUGGCCUCCCACCCUGCACUCAACAGCCAACCCCACCGCAGGCCAGGGCUGGAUUUGGGGGGUCCCCCAUUCCCCAGAUACAUGGGGGAGGGGCACCAAAUUCCCAUCCCCCCCAGUGCACGCUCCUGGCACCCCAUGAGCGGGGGGACCCCACUCGCUAGCACCUCCUACUGCUGCACCCAGGACACCAGGUCUCCCGGGUCAGUGUCGCUGCUCCUGGCACCAUCCUGCUCAAUAAACCCGUCUCCUGCUGUCCCAUGCCAGCGGGGGUCAUUUCAGGGGGGCCCGGGGCCCGUGCCAAGGAGCAGGCAUCCCCUGGGGGAUGGGCGAGGCCAGGGUGCAGGGGAGGAGUGGCCAGAACCCAGGCGUCCUGCUCCCUGCAGCGCAGCACCCCCAGCACCCCACUGAUCCCAGCACUGACUGCCAGGGAAGGGUCCCCCACAGCCCCCAACGCCGGCUGCCUGCUGUGCUGUCCUCUCCUAGCCCUGCUCUGCAAUCCCCCAGGGCCACCUUCCCGCAGGCCUUGUGCCCCAGCUGGGGGGGGGGAGAGAUCAGCCCCCCGGGAACCCAGGCCCCCCUCUGCUCUAAGGGCUGUGCCCCCAAACCUGUUACUGGCUCCCCAGAGGGGCCUGCAGCCCCCAACUUUCUGCUCAGCCCCACCCGGCUGGGCCCCAUCAGCCAUUAAACCAGCUCCUGUCAGCGCCCACCCGCUCUUCCCCCAGCUGCUCCCAGCUCUGGUCAUUGGCCUCCGCCAGCCAGCCGAGGUCACUCAAUCCGGGUGCACUGCAAACAGAACGGGGCACCAAUGUUGUACUUAAAGUACUGCACAGGAUCUUUUCAGGGGGAAUAAGACAAAACGCCACAUUUAUUAGUAAUACAUGUAUUCAUUAACACUGUAUUAUAUGCAUAUAAUAUAUUACACUUACACUCACACACACACACACACACACUCCGUCUUGUUGUUACCAAUUAGUUGCUCCCCUUAACUUCACUGGCCAGGUGAGUUAGAUGGGGGAGGGGGUGGAGCCGGGCUUCUGCCGAUCCGGAUCGAUGCUCCCAUGUUGACAAGACGAGACCCGGGGUCCUCUGCAAGACACCUCACUUUUAUAGCAGCUUCCCUCUCAUGCAAAUCUAGACCAGAUUCAAACUCUGUGUCUGUGUCCAUUGGUUCUUUGUGCUGCUUUCUUUUGAGUGUUGUCCCAAUGCUGCAAAGAGGGUGUUUCCAAAAGAAGGUGCUGGCUUCUAACCCCCGAGGCCGUCGGUAUGUCUGCUUGUCUUUAAUGAGCCCACUUGACACGUUUUAUUGUCCUUGGGUCUGGCUCCCAGCCCCUCUCCAACAGUUGAGGCUGUCUGGAGGUGCUGCCUUCCAUGCCUUGCUCAUCCACACCUCAUUCAUUCAACAGGGCAAUUGAUUGGGGGGGGGGGGGAGCUCUUGUUCUACUGCUAGCAAAAAGAAAUUUUUCUUCUCUCUUAUUCUAUCCUUAGGGGCUAUAAUAUUAUACCAAGGGCAAUGCAAAGUUUCUAAAUGAGGCUUUGAUACAAAGUCCCAUGAAAACAGAGGUUACACGUGGGUAGACCCACCACAAGGUUAUAUGAAGAGGCACAAUGUAAAGUUAUAUGAAAAUUAUCAGAGAUUGAUCUACAUUGUCCCCCUUUUGACCUCUCAAGAACAAUUCUUGAGUGGUCACCAUAUAAAUCUUUUGUAUUUGUUGCAAACAAACCAAACAAUUAUAACCAGGUGAAUAUAACUAAAACCAUUACAAUUGACUAAACACCAGAUAUAACAUAAACACAAAUGCAAACAAUUAUAAUUAUAAUAAUUGGAAAUACAACAAGACCAUUACCAUUACAAUAAUUGGGUACAUUGACAAACAAAAUGAGGCCAAGUUUGAUGCUGCAAUAGCCAUCAAACAAAAAAAGUCACUGAGGUCAGGACCUCCUUAAGCACACACAACAAAUAAGAUUUUGUAGGAGUAUCACAGUUGUUAUGCAAGGUUAAGCUGAUUUGGACUUAAACUAACAUUCAGUUGCUAAAAUGUUGUAGAAUUCCCUAUUUUUAACCUGUUCAUGCUCUCUGUAUGUGUGUAUAUAUAUCUCCUCAAUAUUUAUUCCACUCUGUAUGCAUCCGAAGAAGUGGGCUGUAGUCCACGAAAGCUUAUGCUCUAAUAAAUAUGUUAGUCUCUAAGGUG